AUGCGUUAUCCACAGCCUCCGGUUCACAUGUACCAUCAGAAAGGAGACCUCAUCAUUGGUGGCAUUGUCCAUCAUGCCAGCAUUGUCGCCAGUGAAAUCCUCUUCAUGAAAGAACCCCUGCCAACACUGACGGAAACAUCUUAUGUAGUGCCUAAAUAUUACCAACACAUCACAGCCUUGGCCUUUGCAGUAAAGGAGAUCAAUGAAAACCCUCAGAUCUUACCCAAUCUCACUGUGGGCUUCCACAUCUAUGACAGCUAUGAUAAUGCAAGAAGGACAUAUCAUGCCACAAUGUUACUGCUAUCAGCACCGGAAAGAUUUAUUCCUAACUACCUAUGUGACAACCAGAAAAAUCUAGUAGCAGUCAUUGGGUCACGGGAAGCACAGAUUUCUAUCAAUGUGGCAAGUCUCUUGAAUAACUAUAAGGUUCCUCAGUUCACAUAUGGCUCUGUUCCACUGAUGCACAAUGAAAUUAGAGGUCUUUACUUCUACCAGAUGGUUCCUCAGCAAUCCCUACAAUAUACAGGGAUUGUCUCUUUGCUCCUUCAUUUCAGGUGGACAUGGAUUGGAGUCCUUACAAUGGAUGAUGAAAGUGGUGAAAGUUUUUUGCAAACUGCAUUGCCACUGUUUUCCCAGAAGGGUGUGUGCUUUGCCUUCAUAAAAAAAGUACCUACAUUAAGUUCUGACUCUGAACUUACCAGAAUACUAGAAGAUGGGGCGAAACUACACAAAGUUGUAAUGAACAGCAAGGCCAAUGUCGUUGUGUUUUAUGGAGAAUCUAUGGUUAUUUUGAGAUGGUUUCCCUAUUAUUCAGGAGUAGAACCACCAAGACUACCGAAAGGUAUAGUGUGGAUAAUGACAGCUGAAAUGGAACUCAUUUCAUUGGUCUAUCAAAGGAACUGGGAAACAGAAAUAUUCCAUGGUGUCCUGUCCUUCAGCAUACACUCCAAUGACCUACCAGGAUUCAAAACAUUUAUUAAGGGACGAAAUCCUUCCAGGGCAAAAGGAGAUGGAUUCAUCAGACAAUUCUGGCAAGAGGCCUUUGGUUGCGUGUUCCCAGAUGCAGAUGGGGGAGAUGUGAUGGGAGAUAUCUGCACUGGUGAGGAGAACCUGGAGAGCCUUCCGGCACCAUUUUUUGAAAUGAGCAUGACAGGCUAUAGCUACAACAUCUACAAUGCUGUCUAUGCUGCUGCUCAUGCUUUAAACAGCAUGUCCUCAUCUAGACUCAAACACAGAACAGUGGAAGGAAGAGGACUGCAACAUCAAAACCAACAGUUUGGACAGCUCCAUCACUUUCUCAGAAGUGUCUCAUUUAACAACAGCAAUGGUGACAAGGUUGCCUUUGACCAGCAUGGAAAGUUAGUAGCUGGAUUUGAUGUGGUUAACUGGAUUGUUUCUUCAAACCAAACAUUUCAUAGAGUGAAGGUUGGGAGGGUGGAUACCAACCACGUGUUUACCAUCAAUGAAGAUGACAUAGCUUGGUACUACUGGUUUAACCAGUCACAGCCUCUUUCUUUAUGUACUGAGAGGUGCCAUCCUGGUUUUAGAAAGAAAGUGAAGGAGGGGGAACCAUUUUGCUGCUACGAUUGCAUCCCAUGUCCUGAAGGGAAGAUUUCAGAACAGGAGGACAUGAAUGGCUGUAAUAAAUGCCUAGAAGAAGAAUAUCCAAACAACAAUCGGGAUGUGUGUAUUCCCAAGGAUAUAAGCUUCUUGACUUAUGGAGAACCUUUGGGGAUCAUUUUAGCCUGUUUUGCUCUUUCCUUUUCUUUGAUUACAGCUCUGGUUUUGGGAACAUUUAUGAGGCACCACAACACACCCAUUGUCAAAGCCAACAAUCGGGACCUCACCUAUGCUCUCCUCAUCUCCCUCCUGCUCUGCUUCCUUUCUGCACUGCUAUUCAUUGGACAGCCUGAAAAAGUGUUGUGUCUCCUCCGACAAACUGUUUUUGGCAUUAUCUUCUCAGUGGCUGUUUCUUGUGUGUUGGCAAAAACUAUCACAGUUGUUCUGGCCUUUAUGGCUACCAAGCCAGGAUCCAAGAUGAGGAAGUGGGUGGGGAAGAGAACAACCACUUCCAUUGUGGCUUCCAGCUCCCUUAUUCAAGCAGCUGUCUGUACUGUGUGGCUGGGAUUCUCACCCCCAUUUCCAGAUGUUGAUAAACACUCGUUGACUAAGGAAGUUAUUCUAGAAUGUAAUGAGGGAUCUGUUGCUAUGUUUUACUGUGUCCUGGGCUACAUGGGCUUCCUAGCUAUUAUCAGCUUUAUUGCAGCUUUCCUUGCCAGGAAGUUGCCUGACAGUUUCAACGAAGCCAAGUUCAUCACUUUCAGUAUGCUGGUCUUUUGCAGUGUUUGGAUAUCUUUCUUUCCAACCUACCUCAGUACCAAGGGAAAAUACAUGGUUGCUGUGGAGAUCUUUUCUAUUUUAGCCUCCAGCGUUGGUUUGCUGAGUUGCAUCUUUGCCCCCAAAUGCUACAUUAUUUUGUUGCGGCCUGAGCUGAACAAUAGGGAACAUCUAAUAAGAAAUAAGGCCUGA